AUGAGAGUAAUUAAAGCUAGAGAUGCAUUUUUCAGUGAUUAUGAAGCAUUACAGUUCUUAUCGAAAUUACAAAGAAAACACAGAUGGGAUGAAAAUAGUUUGCAAGAAAUGAAAAAUUUUAAUAAGAAUAAAAAGGGGAGAUUUCAGAAGAGACCAUAUAACCAUCCUGUGUUACAAGGAAUAGUUAAUGAUACAUUGUCAUAUUUAACUAUAAGUAAAUCUAUUGCUGCCACUCAAGAUAAUGAAGAAGAAAAAGAAGAAAAUGAAGAGACCAAGAAAAAAGAGAAUGAAAAACAAAGACAAUCACCGCUUACUAAAUUGAAUGACAAAAUGUUUACUCAAUUAAUGAACAAAUUGAACAAUUUUGAACUUUACAAGAUUGAGAAGUUACAAAUAGUGAAUCAGUUACCUACCAAUAUGGUUCACUUAUUUUCAAUCGUAGAAGAAUGUGACUCAAGGUUCACAGAAGAUCAAAUUAAUGAAAUGAUUGAAUUAGUUGCUUCGUAUGUAAACAUAUAG